AUGGCAGAAUGCAAUCAAUCGGAAUUCGUCGACGAGUGGGAUGCCCUUAGCGCCGCGCUUUUCCUCCCUCCUCUCGACCUCUACGGGGAUUUUGUCUGGCUCCCAUCCUCCGAAUAUGGCGACAACGCGGCGACCCUGGAGCCAUUCAACUAUCCUCCCGUCCCUGCGUCCUCCGCAACCCAGGCCGCAGCUGGCCCUGCGCCUUUGACCGGCCUUGAUGGCGUCUUCACUUUGAAUGACGACUUCCCUUUAAACCUCGGCACCUUCGUUCCUUUCAACGAGCAGCAACUUCCGUCAAUCUUCGAGCCUGAGCCUCAAGACCGGGAACUCGGAUUGUACGAUGACCCUCCCAUCUUCACCGACCCCUUUAAAUCUUCAAGCAAGUCGCGUCGCGUGCCACCUGGUUCACGCGUGUCAACUUCGACACAAAGGGAGAUCAAGACCAUCAGGCCCCAACAGAUCUUGCUCAUGGAGGAUCGGUUCCACGGGCGAGCAGAGGACGCGUUGAUGGCACGGGUGAACGCUCAGUAUCGUGCGGACGUCUCGGUCAAGCCUGAACCAUCCUCUUCAACCCCUGCUCGUCCUCGUAGGGACAAUGUCGUCUCAGCUCCCUCUACCCCUUUGAAAAGGCCCUUGUCUGUGCGCGAGUCACCUGCGGCCAAGACACCUGCGGCCAAGACGGCUACUGUCAAGACAGAAGUCAUCGAGUCGAUCUCAUCCUAUUCUCGCGCCUCACGUUAUAUCGCGCCUCUGCCUCGCCGAGCCAGCGUCAAGCGAACUCCUUCCUCCACACUCCCUUUCCUCUACCCACAGCCGGAAUUUGUCAACAGUCCUAUCUCAUCAUCCGCAUCGUUAUCUCACCUCGACUCGGAUUACGAGUUCCACCGCGACGACGACGACAGCGACUUCCUCCCUUCCGCCUCCUCCAGUCCCAGGAAGAAGCAAAAGCGCGCCGGCGGCUACCACUUGCAAGAGCGGAAGGGCAAGAAGACACAACUCCAAAUCGUAUUAGAAGACCUUCCUUUCACUCUAAACGACAUCCUUUACGCCAAUGGCCUUUACCACUGUCCUUUCAGCACCUGCGGUCAGACUACCACCAGUGAGGGUGACCUUGGUCGACACCUCGAAUCCAGCAUCCACGCAACCCAUCGAUACAUUUGCCUUGCACCUCAAUGCCUCAGCGACUUUGCUCGUGAAGACUCCAUGAAGCGCCAUCACGGUAACAAUCGGGGCAGGAACCACAAGGCUGACCACGAUCGUCUCGUGCGACAAGGAUUCGCGUUUAGGGUCAAGAUCAAGGAUGUAUCAGCCGUCAAAGAGCAAAUCAAGGCUCUUCAAGUUAACCCAAUCCAAGCUCCCUCUGCUGCUUGA